UUGGCCAAGGAAGCUGUACGUCACCGGGAGUCUCAACAUGGAGGACGGCAGACGGUAGUGAUGAGAGUUUAUCUGUGUUUUUCACUUAAACCAUGCCUAGAAGACGAAAUGGAGAGUUACCAUUACCUUCUGGAUGGGAGAUCGGGCAUGACUAUGACGGGAAAGUGUACUUCAUCGACCACAACAACAAGAAAACCACGUGGAUCGACCCGAGAGACAGUUACACCAAAGCUCAGACCUUCGCAGACUGUGUAGGCCAUGAGCUGCCAUACGGGUGGGAGGAAUGUAUAGACGGACAAAUCGGCAUCUACUAUGUCGACCACAUUAACAAACAAAAUCAAAUUGAGGACCCCAGAUUAGCAUGGCGUCAGGUGCAGGAGGCCAUGCUGUCAGAGUACCUGUGCUCGGCCCAGAGCGACCUCAGCGCCAAGCAGGAUAUCAUGCAAGUGAAGGCACAGCGAUUGGCCCUUGCACAGGACGAGUACCACCACCUCAACACUACCCUCACUAACCUCUUCAGCUCAAGGUCUUCAUUAAGUUCUGGUGGGAGUGGUGCCAGCCGGUGGGACCCAGACCUGCUCAAGACAGAUGUGGUGAUGGCCAGGAACCGGGUGGGCCGCCUCAAGCGUGAAUUGCACCAGAUCAAGCAUGAGGUGGCCAACACAGAGGCUGGCAUGCAAACCCUGGCACAAGUUCAAGAGAAGCUGAGUGGCUUGACGACUGGUUACAGUGUGGAGGAGGCACAGGCUAUUGUCUCUCAGCUCCGGAAUAUCGAGGAGUCAUUGCGGGCAGGAGAGAAGGAGAAGGCCGAGCUGAUCAAGUCCCUGACAGUGCUGCGCCAUGACAUCAUAUCUGCUGAGGCCACACAUGCCAUCGAGGCAAACAUUGAGAAGUCCUCAGAGAAGCACAGCACUGCAUCACAGACAGAUUUUUGUGGUGAAGGCAUGCCACUAGGUGCCCGCCUGGCUGAACUCACCAGGCUCAAACUGGAGUAUGACUCAGCCAAGAGUACUCUAAAGGGCCUCCAGCAUGACUUGGCAGAGCUUGAGGAGCGGCUCUCCCCAGAGGACCUGCAGAGUGACAGGGACCGUGUGGUGCUCAUCCAGGAGAAGGAACAACUGUUGAGGGAGUUCAGAAGCGUUCGUUCAUAUACACACGACCCACUACAGGCCUGUGAGCUUGAUGACAAGAUCAGUCAGCUGGAGUGUGACCUUGCCAAGGCACUGGAGGUCAGCAACAAGGCAGUGGCAGAACGGCUGGCACUGCAAGAGCAAAGGCAAGAUCUUCUGUGCCAGCUGAGGGACACAGUGAGAGUGAUGGUGAGCCUUGAGGGACAGCUGCGUUCCCUCUCUGCUUCCACCCUCUCUGUGUCAUCAUCAUCCUCCCUGGGCUCCCUCUCCACUUCCAGUAAAGGCUCCCUGUCUAGCCUCUCCUUCACAGACAUAUAUGGAGGCCAGCAAUACUCUUCAAGUGAACACGUUGCCCUUAAUAUGACCGAACUACAGAAGCGGGUUGAGAGGCUCCUCAAGUCCAAUUCAGAGGCCGACCGGCAAUAUGCUGAAAAGCUGCGGUCUCUGGAGGAAGGUGGCAGCAACAGCAGCUGUGCUGUGCUGUCCCAGUCUAUGCUGUCUCUGUCCCCUCGUAGUUCCCUGUCUUCCUUAUCGCCCCCAACCUCUGCGUGCGAGGCACUGUCAGCCCUUGAUGCCCAGCGGCUCAACCCCGGUGAGGGCAGUGGUGGCCCACUGGCCAAUGUGGACCUGAGCACAGUGCAGGACAGGCUGGCCGAGCUCUGUCUUGCCCCGGGUGCUUCUGAGGCCGCCAACAAGGCUGCUAGUAAACACUUGGAUGCCACUCUAGUCGUGAACAAACAAGUGAAGGAAUUGACAGAAUAUGAUUUCAGCGUCACAAAUGGCGGAGUGAGUGGUGUGUUGUUGGGUCUGGCUGGGAGGGAAGGGGAAGUGCUGUAUGAGGAGGAGGAAGGCUGUGCGGGGGGUAGUGAAGAUGGAAACAUUCGGACCAUUUCUGCGGCUGUCAGUGAUGAGUCUGUGGCUGGUGACUCUGGCGUCUAUGAUGCGUACCCCAAAGGCUCAGCCCCAACCCCAGACACCCCUCAGGUGCAGAUCAAGCUAAGGUAUAAUAAACAGGAGGGUCUUCUCAAUGUUGGUGUGGAGAGAGCGAGGAGUUUGUCAGUGCUCAACACAGAGGACGGCUGCAAAGUGUGCAUCAAAGUACAGCUGUUCCCUGCAGGCACAGCCACCUUCACUUGCUGCACUCACCUGGACAGCAACACGGAGAGGCCCACUUUUGGGGAGACGUUUUCUUUCCCUGUAGCACCCCGCAAGCUGCCUUCCAAGACCCUGCAGGUGAACGUGUGGGCUGUCAGUGACACCAAUGAAACCUUCGAUGAGGAGUGUGUGGGUUAUGCUCAAAUUAGCCUAGCAGACUUUGAUCUGGAUGUACCACAGACACGCUGGUACAACAUCCUACAUUAUGCUCUGUUGCGACCUGACCAACUGACCCGUGACGAUCAGUCCUCAAAGUCUUCAACCCUCCGGUCAUCUGUCUCCACCUCUAAUGUGAAGGAGGAGAGCAGUGAUGAAUCAACAAUCAUCUCAUCUCAAACCUCCACCCUUACACGGAAUCUUGGACCAGAGGCGCUGCGACUCAACCUCCCACUCACCACAGAGGACUUUGAACAUGUCAUUGACUCUGAUGAUGAUGAAGAGGAUGAGGAAGAAGAGGAAGAGCUGGAGGCAGGGCAGGAAGAAGUCAUGGAAGAAGCUCUGGAAAAUGCAGAGGACACGGCUGUUGAGGGAGACUCUACUGACCAGCUGGUUGAGAUGGCUGACAAGGAGACCAACACAGAGUGCAUGUUCAUGCCCCUCUCAGCCAGCCUGGCCGGGUCACGCAACUCUCUCGCACCGCCAAGGGUCGAGGGGGCUGACCCCAGGCCAGGCAUCCCUGUUAUCAAAAGGUCCCAAACCUUUACUCCUUCUGCUGCCGUUGGCAAGAGCAACUAUGUGUGUCGGCUGAACCGCAGCGACAGUGACAGCUGUGUGCCCAUGUACCGGCGAGCACCAUUCAAGCGUGGCACAGCAGAGCGAAGAUCCCUCAGGUGGAAGGGACGGCUGGGUGGCUCCUUAGGCUCUCCUCAAGGUCACCUGGGUCUUCAGGACUAAAGGGUGGCCGUACAUCUCUCGAUCUUGAGUUGGACCUGGCAGCACAGCAGCGGCGACUCCGCCAGCUACAUGAGGAGCUGGAGGGUUUGCGCAGCCUCAAGACACAGUUAGAGGGGGUCAAAAAUUCUCCAGACCCUCCAUCAUGGCUCACAGACCAGACCACCAUGACCAGUGUCCUCACACAGGCCACAAAGGGAGGUAGUGUCAAGUCCCCUGAAGACAGAAGGAUGGAGAAGAUGCUGAGGAAGACAUCAAGAGAGAUUCAUAAGCUGAGAAACUCCAAGACACCUCGAGGCCAGCCAGAUGUCAUCUCAUUCAAGGAGAAGAUGGCCUUCUUCCUCAAGUCCAGCCCCACCAUUCCUCCACUCACAGUGGACUGUGACACUGACAUGGCCACUCCAGAGUCUGUUGACCACCUCCUCCACCUCCCUACUGCAACAACCACACUGUCAUGUUCACCUGUCUCAUCACACUCUAAAAGUCAACCUCCUGGAUCCUGCAUAGCAAGAUUGCAGCAACAACAGCAACCAGGGUCUGAGAAAUCUGACACCAGUGAGUCAACUUGUGCUCGGAACUACCAAGCACCUUCCUCAAGUACUCAAACUUUACCUUCUUCACAAGGCUCCAUAGCCUCUGUACUGUCAUCCACUACAGCUUCCUCCACCCCUGGUGCUCCAAAUUCUGUCUCAGAUCCAUCUUCUAUGUCACCAACAUUAGCAACAAUUUCCCCGUCCAAUUCUGCGUCAUCUGCCUCAUCAUUGUGCAUAUCUGCAUCAUCAUCGGCCCCUCCACUUGCUUUGUCUGGUUCUGCCUCACCCUUGGUAAGGCAGCUGACAGCUAAGCAGUCAACCACUGGUGCCAUUCCUAAGGUCUUCCGCCCUGAUGUUCUCUUCAGCACGGAAGAUCAAGGUGUGGAGGUCUGAUCUUCUCAUCUCAGAUUAGGGGAUUAUUCACUGGCCUCAUAUAUUUAUGUUUCUGGUUCACAAGUCAUCUAUCCAGUGCCAUCUGGCUUACUUUUAUUUAUUACAGGAGACCCUGAGUCAAAGCUGUGAUGGAAGGAAGAAAGAAGCUAGGGUCUUUUGAAGUUUACUCUCUCGAAUCUCAUAAUGUAUUGUUGGACCCUUAGGCAUGAAUUGUAUUUAGAUAGUUCUGCUUAAUUCAGGGUUUUCGUCUUUCUUAUAAAGAGGCUUCCACAUGCCAGUGUUGCUGGGUAGAUGUCCUGUGCCCCUCACUCACUCAAUGCUAAGACUCCCUUGACACACUCAUCAAGGACAUUUGCAGUUUUAUUUUUUGACAGUAUAUACUUUAUGGCCACAAAAGAUCAGUAUAUGGCAUUAAUUGCUCAUAAGGCAAAGAUGAUAUAUACUUAAGGUGUUUUAUUGAAAAUAGUUGUAUUUUACUAAUGCAGCCCUUCUAUUAUUGGAGUGGUGUUAUGAAGCAUCACCAUGGCAUCAAGGGCUUGUGUUUUCAGCAGUGCCUUCCACUAGCCAUACUUCCCUCUGGUCUUCCACUCUGGGAGGUUUUGAUAAUUCUCACAUGAUCAUACUCAUAGAGAGACUGUGCAGAAAUAUACUCCGGUGUGACAUUUCAAUAGUUCUCGGAAAUUUGUGUGCUAAUGUUGCAUGCCUGCAGUAAGGCAAACCUCCCUCUAAGCUAGCAUACCAAGGCUUAUCUGAGUACCUGUAUCUCCUCCAGCACACAGAAGAGUGUCCUCUCCCUCUUAGUCACAAAGCUCCAAGAAAACAAAACAAAAAAAAAAUAAAUAAAUAAAUAAAUAAA